AUGACAAGUACACCAAAAAAGUUAAAGCCCUCAUUUAGGUCUUUUAAAAAUAGUGAAUGUAAAUCGAGUGAUGUUGAUGAUGACGAUGAUGUAGAAGGCGGUAAUUUAGUGGCGAUUACAAAUGAAUCAUUUGUGGCUGGUAAACAAAACGAGAUUGGUAUACAAUGUGAAUUAGGUAGUGAAGUAUUAAAAAGUCACCAUGAUUUAUCAUUAAAUUUAUCACUUGAUGAGUUUUCAACUUCGGAGGAUGAAAGUUUUGAAGUUUAUGAUGAGGACAUCGAAGUACUUCAAACUGGAAAAAAUGCCAUAAGGAAAUCUAAAGAAAUAGAAAACGAUUCGUGUUAUAUUGUUUUCUGGGAGUCUCUAUCAAUUUUAUUUACACGUUGUCAUUACUGUAAUGCUAAAGUGGAAAAUAUUCAUAAUUAUACCAAGGGAGCAAUGUUGGCCGUACAAACUAUCGUAUAUGUGAAAAUAGACAUAUUUUCAAAUUAA